UUAAUAUUAAUUUUGUGAUAAUAAUGGAAAGCAAAGAAGUACCGAUGAUGGCUCCUCCCCUGGUAGAAGAUGAAGAUGAUGUACUCCCUCCUGUCAUAAGAGACAAUGAUAUCCCUAUUGAAAAUCCCUUAAUGGCUCCACCUCCAGAGAUUAAGCCUCCGAUCCUUCCAACGGAGGAGGAAGCUCCUGGUAUGAUUCCAGGACCAUUUUCUUCUGAGGAGCAGAAAAUAGACGCUUUCAAUAUCUAUAAAGAAGGUUGGGUGUAUAAGCAGUCGAGGUAUCUCAAAUCAUGGCGACAGAGAUGGACCGUCCUGACCAGAACACAUCUCUACACCUACAAAAUGGAACAAGAAUAUUUGCUUAAAGGCCCUGGCUGUUUCACAGAAUGUAUAGAAUGCUCAGAUAUUUCAAAAGUCCGAUCUGCACAAGAUGAAGUAGGAAUAGAUAAUUCCUUUGUACUAACUACAAGGAACACUAAAGAGCAGUUUUACUUUUACUGAGACAAGGAAGAAGACAAGAAGGCGUGGACUAAGCAGAUCCAGAGGGCUGCAAUUUCUGAUAGGGUAAAGCUAGAAUAUGAACAGGAGAGACAGUUAAACAGGGUAUAAAUAAUAGUAUGUAAAGGUAGCCCA